AUGUUUCUACGAAAAUGUCGAAUAGAUCGCGAAACGUUCUCUUCACCUGCCUUUUGGUUACUGAACACUUGUUUUUACAGGUACAAAGUUUUCUCAAUUAUCUUUACAAUAAAGGUUUUUAUAAAGUGUGCUUCUAAGGUUCAUUCUUUGGUUGAGUUUACCAACAUCAAAUGUGAAUCCCUAGAUAAAACCUUCUGUGAUUUCGAAUAUUGUCAUCUUAAAUCUGUAAACCGUUCGUUUAAAUACUAUUCUUUAAAAGUCAAUCUGUUCCAACUUCCCAUAACCAGUGUUCAGGUGAAUAUGGAACUUUUUAAAGGUGGCAACGGCUACCAUCCUUUCCUCUACAAUGCAACAUUGGAUGCCUGCAAAUUCCUGAAAAACCAAAAGUCGAAUCCCGUCGUUGGAUACUUUUAUGGUUUCUUAAAACCCUUUUCCAAUAUGAACCAUUCCUGUCCCUACAACCAUGACCUUGUGGUGGAUAAGAUAACAACAGAGUUUGUAAAUAACCAAAUCACUAAGGUUCUUUCUUUUCCGGAAGGUCAAUAUAUAGAUGCGGUGGCCACUGGCCAGUCGACUCGGCCCCGACCGAUUUUCGAUUUGAAACUGAAUCUGAGUCCACCGGGCAAGCGGGACGGACUUUCGAAAUAG